UACAGGAUUUGAUAGUACACUAGUGUGCGCCUGCAGUGUGAGAGGAGAAGCGGUUAGAGAACACAGAAACAGCAUGGCCGCUUCCAACAGGCUGGUACUUGGACCUCUAGUAGGGGCUAUAGACCAAGGCACAGGAUCUACCCGCUUUCUGGUUUUCAAUGCAAAAACAGCAGAACUACUCAGUCACCAUCAAGUGGAAAUCAAGCAGGAGUUUCCUAAAGAAGGGUGGGUGGAACAAGAUCCAAAAGAGAUUUUGCAUUCUGUCUAUGAAUGUGUCGAGAAAACGUGUGAGAAAUUAACCCAGCUGAGCAUUGACAUUAGAAACAUCAAAGCAAUUGGUGUUAGUAACCAGAGGGAAACAACUGUGGUGUGGGAUAAGACAACUGGAGAACCUCUCUAUAAUGCUAUAGUUUGGCUUGAUUUAAGAACUCAAUCCACUGUGGAACGGCUCCUGAAAAGGAUUCCUGGCAAAAAUAAGAAUUUCUUCAAGGGCCAGACUGGUCUUCCUCUCAGCACUUAUUUCAGUGCAGUAAAGCUUCGGUGGCUGCUGGACAAUGUGGAAGAGAUCCGCAAUGCUGUUUCAGAAGGAAGAGCCAUGUUUGGAACUAUUGAUUCCUGGAUCAUUUGGAGUCUAACUGGAGGGAAGAAUGGAGGGGUGCACUGUACAGAUGUGACCAAUGCCAGCAGAACCAUGCUCUUUAACAUACACACUCUGGAGUGGGAUACUGAUCUCUGUCAAUUUUUUGAAAUUCCCAUGACAUUACUGCCGAAAGUGAGGAGCUCUUCAGAGAUUUAUGGACUCAUGAAGUCUGGAGCUCUGACUGGUGUGCCAAUAUCUGGGUGUCUGGGAGAUCAGUCAGCAGCAUUAGUUGGGCAAAUGUGUUUCCAAGAUGGACAAGCCAAAAAUACGUAUGGUACAGGUUGCUUCCUGCUGUGUAACACUGGCCUAAAGCCUGUCUUAUCUGAACACGGCCUUAUAACAACAGUGGCGUACAAGCUUGGCAGGGACAAACCGGCAUGCUAUGCACUAGAAGGAUCUGUUGCAAUAGCAGGAGCAGUUGUGCGCUGGUUAAGGGACAAUCUUGGGAUUGUGAAAACUACUGAGGAAGUAGAAAAACUUGCUGCUGAAGUUGGGACAUCAUACGGUUGCUACUUUGUUCCUGCGUUCUCAGGUUUAUAUGCACCUUAUUGGGAGCCCAGUGCCAGAGGCAUCAUCUGCGGCCUUACCCAGUUUACAAAUAGGAACCAUAUUGCCUUUGCUGCUCUUGAAGCUGUUUGCUUUCAAGCAAGAGAGAUUUUAGAUGCAAUGAAUAAGGACUGUGGCAUUCCCCUCAGCCAGCUGCAAGUUGAUGGAGGAAUGACUAACAAUAAAAUUCUCAUGCAGUUGCAGGCUGAUAUCUUAUGCAUUCCAGUAGUGAAACCUUCCAUGCCUGAAACCACUGCACUUGGGGCAGCUAUGGCAGCGGGGGCCGCAGAAGGAGUUGGUGUCUGGAGUCUGAACCCUGGGGAUUUGACUGCUGUGACAUGUGAACGAUUUGAGCCCCAAAUUAACCCUGAAGAAAGUGAAUAUCGUUAUGCAAGAUGGAAGAAAGCAGUUAUGAAAUCCAUGGGCUGGGAAACAUCAGACCCUCUUUCCAACGGAAAUGGUGACACUAGUAUCUUCUCUAGUGUACCAUUGGGUUUUUAUAUAGUGAGUAGCAUGGUUAUGUUAAUCGGAGCAAAGUACAUUUCAGGACUUAAUAAUUAGCUCUUCAAUUACCUCUUUUAUGUCCAUGGUUAUCUACUUGAUACGGUACGAAUAAGAAGAUAGAAAUGCAGUGCUACAGAACUACUGAGUGAACUCUCCAUGUAAAGAAAUAUUCUCGCAAGGGAAACUGGUGAUGUUAAUCAUUCAGCUUGUACUCAGUCUACAGCAUUGUUCUGUAGGGAGUCAAAGGAACGCUUCACCUGCAAUAUUGUUAACUGUAUUUAUGGACUGGCAGCUCUGAUCAAUUAUGCUAAUAUAAUUAUUGAUGCAAAGUAAAUCCUUUUGUGUUGAUGAAAAUGAAGGGAAUUUUACAAGAUUGUUGUAAGAACUAAUUUGCACUUGUUAGAUGUUCUUUAAAUAAAUUAUCUAGAAUCAACAAAACAUUUUGAAUAAUGUAAUGAAAAAAAAUGUACAGAUAUUUUUUAAAGCUGUAAUUUUUGAAUAUUAAAUUAACUUUCAUUUGUUUCAAAUGACAAAUACAAUUCUUGGUGAAUUUCUUUACAUUGUUAAGAGAUGUUUAAUUUUAUGUGAUACGUUUUUGUGCCUUUUUGUAAAGCAACUCUGUUUCUACAUAAAAUCCUUCUUUUCCAUGAGAGCUUUGUUACAGCGAUCUCACUCAGUGGAAGAAGAGUCAAUUCAAUAGUGGUACUGUGUAUCACCAAGGGAACACUAUUAUUUAACAUAUUCUAAUGUUCUUAAACUCCAUUUUUAAAACGUGUUCAACUUCUAAAACUGUAAACGUUCACAAUGAAAGAAACAUUAAACACUAAAUUAAUGCAAAAUAUGAUUUAGUCAAUGCAAAGAUUAACCUGUGAAUAACAUGCAGAUGUAUUUUUUGUGUGUAUGUAUGUGUAUAUAUAUAUAUAUAUAUAUAUAUAUAUAUAUAUAUAUACACACACAUACAAAUAUAACAUUAUUGACCAUUGUCCAUUUUCCCCCCAUAUUUAGCAAACUAUGUCAUAUUUAUAACUAUUGUCAGUUAUUUUUUUCAAGCUUAUAUCAUCCUGAGGUGUGGUGCAAAUUUGAUACCGUUUUAUAAUGUGGCACUUCAAAAUGUGGUCAUAAUUAAUCAACAAGCACUAAAACACACUCAUUUUCUGUGUGAGCUCUUUGGUUCCCACUUUCAUGUAUGUAUUACUGUGUUGAAAGCUUAAGUAGUAGUAGUAAGUAGUAGUUCUUGAUAAACUGAUCUUAGAAUUAAUGUGUAAUAUUAGAAUUAUAUUUUUUUUACAAUCUUAUAUUUACCUUCCAUGUACACAAAUAUAAAAAUGGUACAAUUUUGUACAUGAGCCAUUCAAACAUUAUUUAAACUAUUGAGACUAAUCUAAAAAAAUCCAAAAAAGAACAAAAAACUAAAUCUAAUUUUGCAGUAAAUUGUCAUUAGUUUAAAAUGGAUGCUGCUUACACAUUUUAUUUUUUGUUUGUUUUAGAAGCAGGUUAAAUUUUUCAUUGUGUCCUUUUUUUUCUUUUCUUUGGUAACAGCACUUAGACCCACAUUCCAGUCCAUCAGAAUUCCCAUGUGAGGUGCUGCACACGGCUAUUCAUAUAGUUUUUAGAUUCAAAUCAAAAUUUAAUAUCUCACUUAUCACAAGUUUUCAAAUGAAUUUGUGGCGCAAUAUCAACCCUUUUAUUUUGCACAGAGAUAAUUCAACAGCAGUAUUCCUAACCAUCGGAAAACCCUGUAACAGCAGCCGUUUACUUAAUUAUUGUACUUAUUUUAUGGCCGUGACCUUGAACACUCUUUUUGGUCUGUUGUCCAGCAUAACUUGUCUCUUUGCAUGAUAGGUUUUUUGGUGUUAAAGUUUAAUUCAAAAUAUUAAUAUAAUUAGAGGUUUCACUACAAACCUUGAGCUGAAUGUAGUCAUAUGAAUUUUCUUUUAUGAUUGCAAAGACAUGUUUGGACAUUUAAACACUUUUUUUAAAAUUCAGAGUAAUUAAUUGAACACUUCAUAUUGAAUAUGAAUUCAUAUUAAUGUUUUAGUGGAAACCUGUAAUCAAACAUAGUGGGCAGCCAUCAUCAAUAUUGAAUUUGCCACCGUGUUUUGCCUUCACUUAUAUAGGAGAUAUAAAUUAUAUAUAUACUUGGUUUUUCUAGGGUGUUCUGCUGGAUUGGAAUGGGAGCCAAAAUGUGGCGUGUCCACACAUAAUUAUGAAGUCUUGUGCUGCUGUUGAAAUUAUAGUAUAGUCCUUCCUCAGGAACUAGUCUUGUAUGCAAUGACAUGGCUAGAAGUUGUAUUAGCUCAUAACUGCAUUAAUAAUAUUAUCUUCUAGUCAGGUAAUUCUGCUGUCAUAUCCUAAGCAUAUCUCUCAUUAAUAAUGUGAAGUAAUCAGUACUAUCAUUCUCCCUUUGCUGCUUGCUUUGUAUUGUGCUCUGUGCCAAUAAACAUUUUCUUACAAUGA